AUGACGCGCAAGGUGGCUAUCGGUGCUGACCACAUCGGCUUCCCCAUUCACGAAAGCAUUGUGCGGUACGUGCGGGAAGCAGGUGAGGAAUUUGAACCUGUCUACAUUGGCCCGCACAGUUUGGAGAGAGUUGACUACCCCGAUUACGCCCUCAAUGUGGCACGGAUGGUCGCCCGUGGCGAGGCGGACGUCGGUAUUCUUGUUUGCGGCAGCGGAAUUGGUAUGUCGAUCGCGGCAAAUAAAGUCCCAGGAAUUCGUGCUGCGCUUUGUUUCGACCACUAUACGGCGGUCAUGGCAAGACAGCACAACGAUGCAAAUGUCGUGUGCCUCGGGGAGCGCACGACGGGGCCGGCUGUGCUCAGGGAAAUUAUCAUGACGUUCCUGCAGACACCAUACAGCGGGGAGGACCGUCACACGCAGCGGCUGGAGAAGAUUAAGGCUGCCGAAUCUAACACGAAUGGUUGUUAG